AUGCCAUCCAACUCCAAGACUUUGGUGCCAUUGUCUCUGAUUGACACAAUGCUGCAUAGUCUCGACGUAAUGAUUCUUGUCAUCUAUCCUCCAGUUGCGUCAGUAUCUUUUGAUCUCGACAAGCUGUAUUCGUCCUUCGUUGAUCUUGUUAAGCACGAUUAUCCCAUUCUUCUUGGAGAAUUUUUCAUCGAUCCGAAGACGGGAAUCGUCCAUGUUGAUCUGACUGAUACGUCUCGUCAAAAUGGAGCCUUUAAUAUUCGAAGACUUGAUGCCAAGCAGACGAGGCAAAAAAGAGUUGAUUGGUGUCAAGGGACUCUUUUGAAGGACGGGGGAUUAGUCAUUGGUAUCGAUGUAAGUCACGCGCUGUUUGACGGAGAAGCCCUAUUUACCUUUUUGAAACUCUGGGGACAAUAUUACAGUGGCAAUACGAAUGAAGAACGAAUUGUGGUAAACCACGAUCGACACUUGCUUUCAAAAGGGGAAGGUAUCUUAAAAAUGCAGCAUCCCGAAUUUCGCAUUGUGAAAGCUGCAAGUGAUGAAAAUGUCCAGCUACCUAACCAAGUGCCACCGGCUACAGCGAUUCAUAAUUUUCAUUUUACACCAAAGAUGAUGAAACGUAUCAAAGAAAUGGCAAAUGGUGGUGACUUUCGUGGCAAGGGAAGCUGUGAAGCUUCAUAUGUGAGUACUAUCGAUGCCAUUACAGCACUUUUUACAGUCUUGAUUUCGAGAGCCCGUGGUCAUGGCCAAGACGUGAAAAUCACAACUUGUGUAAAUGGUCGACGUCGCCUUAAUCCUCCACUACCAGAACAUUACGCAGGGAAUGCAAUUUUUAAUGCAUUAUCAACGUACACAAAUGCUGAGCUAUGCAGCCAAGCUGAAGGUACUAUUUCUCCAGAAACUUUGAGAAUGCUCGCUCGACGCGUACGUGAAUCAAUUUCUCAAUUGGACGAUGCCUAUUUACGUGAUGCUAUCACGUUUUUGGCUGAGCAAGAAAACAUUGGUGCUGUUCAAAUAGGAGUCAAUUUCACUUCUGGAUACGACCUCCUAUUUACGUCGUGGCUUCGAUUGGGUAUGUACACUUCCAGCUUCGAUGGUGUUCAUCCGUGGUACGCUUGUGUUCCUCAAUUACCAGGAUACAGUGGUUUUGUCAUGUUGACUGAAGCUCAAAAGGGAGGAGAUGGAAUUGACGUGGUUGUCUUCCUUGAGUGCAAUGUGAUGGAGAAACUUAAGGUGAUGUUUCUCGAGGUGUCCAAUUUCAAAGUAGUAUGUAUGAAACAUGACUUUCAGCAUCGUCGCGACGAAUCUGUAACAAGCUCUGAUGACGAGGGGCCCAUGCCUAUGCCUAUACCAGCCCCUUCGUCCACGAAAAAAGCUAAAAUACUUCCGUUUGAAGCAAUUUAUCUCAAAAACUUGCCAAAGACACAAUUUGUUGUGACAGCCAGCGUAGAUGGACACGUGAAAUUUUGGAAGAAAAUGGUCAAAGGGAUUGAAUUUGUCAAACAUUAUAAAGCUCAUCUCGACGAAGUGCAUGGUCUAGCCGUGUCACGCGAUGGCCUUCGACUUUGUAGCACAUCAGCCGAUCGCAGUAUUAAAUUCUACGAUGUGCUGGCUUUUGACAUGGUAAAUAUGCUUAGUAUCACUUACAUACCAGCCGAAUGCUGCUGGAUAUCAGCUAAAGGCUCGAUUAAUGCAAAAGUGGUCGUAGCUGACAAGAAUAGUCCAGCUUUACGGAUCUACUCGGCUGAGAGUGCAGCUAAUGAGCCGUUGUUUACAAUCAGCCAGCUACAUACUGCUCCAGUGACAGCGAUUUCGUAUAAUUUAGUUAGCAAUUGUGUUAUCUCAGCCGACAAAAAGGGAAUUAUCGAGUACUGGGACGCCGACACUUACAAGUUUCCAGCAAAAGAAAAACAUGUUAUCAAAUUCAAGUUUAAAGGCGAGACAGAUUUAUAUGAACUGGCGAAAUGCAAAACACAUGCAACUGCCAUUGACGUUUCACGUGAUGGUCAAAGUUUUGUUGUGGCAGCCAAGGACAGUCAAAUUCGAGUCUUCCGAUUCGUUACGGGCAAGAUGCGGCGUAAAUAUGAUGAAAGGUUGACCUUAUUUGAGGAUGCACACGCUGAUAAGACACUGCAUUUAGAUGAAAUCGACUUUGGUCGUCGUGCUGCUGUCGAGAGAGAGUUAAUCGACUCAGACGUUGUAUCGAAUUGCGUGUUCGAUGACUCGGGCUUUUUCAUUUUAUACGCAACUCUUGCUGGAAUCAAAGUAUUGAACAUUGAGACCAAUAAAGUUGUCAAAGUGCUUGGUAAGGUAGAAAAUUCCGAUCGAUUUUUACGAUUGAGUCUUUUUCAGGGAAAACCAAAAGCUAACACGCAGUUUGAAAAGCAUCUAAAGGCGGCGUCGGGUCUUAAGUACGAAGCGCAAGUGAUGACUGACGAUCCAAACGAACAAGACUUGAUUGAUCCGACGCUCUUCUGUACGUCGUUCAAACGCAAUCGUUUUUUUCUCUUUUCGUCCCGGGAGCCAGAAGACGAUGAAGCGCAAGAAUCUGGAACGGGUCGCGACGUUUUUAAUGAAAAACCUUCAUUAGAAGAGGCUCAAGUAGCAACAGAGUCCAGCUCGACAAAAACCCUCGGAAACACGGCUGUGAUACAUACAACAAUGGGCGAUAUCACGCUAAAACUCUUUGCUAAAGAGUGUCCUAAAACUGUCGAGAAUUUCUGUACCCAUGCACGCAAUGGCUACUACGACAACGUCAUUUUUCACCGCGUCAUCAAAAAUUUUAUGAUACAAACGGGCGAUCCACUUGGCGAUGGUACCGGGGGAGAGUCGAUUUGGGGUGGUGAAUUUGAGGACGAAUUUCAUCGUAGCUUACGACACGAUCGACCUUUCACUCUAUCGAUGGCAAAUGCCGGACCAGGCACGAAUGGAUCUCAAUUUUUCAUCACGACUGUCCCAACUCCAUGGUUAGAUAAUAAACACACAGUGUUUGGAAGAGUAGAACGUGGCAAAGACGUCGUGUCGAGUAUUGAAGGUACCCGCGUGAACAAAUCGGAUAAACCUUUUCAGGACAUUAAAAUCAUUAAUAUUGAUAUCGUCUAG